UGUCUCUCUCUCUCUUUCUCUCUGCAAGAAGAAAAAAAAAAAAACCUCUUUUGAGAGUUGAUGAUGAGAAACAACGAAACCCUAAAAUGACCAGAGUUCUGCAUUCACCGCCUCACUUUUUCGCUACGCCGUCGUAGAAACCCUAACCACCGACGUCUCUCAAAGAUCAGCACCACCACACCCUGUAGAGUGAAUUGUAGGAGUAUAAUAUGGAAGGAACAGGAGGCGAUGGUACAGUAACGCCGCUGACGAAGUGGAGAAAUGAUUUUUCAAUUGCAUUUCAGUACUAUCUGGAUCGUUCUACCCCUCAUACACCCCAAAGGUGGAUGGGGACAUUGGGGGUGGCUUUGUUUUACGUGUUGCGGGUGUAUUAUGUUCAAGGUUUCUAUGUUGUGUCCUACGGCCUUGGGAUUUACGUGUUGAACCUCUUGAUUGGGUUUCUGUCACCCAAGAUUGACCCCGAGCUUGAAUCUAUGGAUGGGGCUUCUUUGCCCACUAAAGACUCUGAUGAAUUCAAGCCAUUCAUUCGCCGCCUCCCCGAGUUUAGGUUUUGGUAUUCCAUCACUAAGGCUUUUGUUGUGGCAUUUGUUUUGACCUUCAUCUCUGUGCUAGAUGUACCUGUUUUCUGGCCCAUACUGUUAUGUUACUGGAUUGUUCUGUUUGUGCUCACAAUGAAGCGUCAAAUUCUACACAUGAUUAAGUACAAAUACAUCCCGUUUGAUAUUGGAAAGCGGAGUUACACCGGCAAGAGUUUUUCUCGAAGCAGCAGCAGUUCACCUAGAGACUAAAGUUGCACAUCCAUAUUCCGAGCAGCCCUGAAGAAAAGAAGAAACUCUCAAUUUUUAUUUUAUUUUUAAUUUUAUUUUUUAAAAUUAUGGUUUGAGAUUUUGCUAACUACAUGCUCUACAUAUAUGACUAACAGGAAGUCACUCGUGUCCACGCUUCUCGUAAGGUUUAGCAGAAUAGAUGUAGUAUGAAUUUUCUAGAUAUGACAAUGCAAAAAUAUUGCUUGCCAGUCACCCAGAUAUCACAGCAGGACUAAGGUUGAAGUUGAUUUUCUACUCUCUAACUAAUUUUUACACAACUAUGAUGGAAAAGUAUCUGUUGUGAACUCGACAUUAAUAACUAGUUUCUGGUUUUCCGCA